AUGUAUCCUCCAAAGAUCUUGAUCCUCCUUCUUGUUCUACCUUUAACUUUUUCUUCUUCCAGAUUUGCCAUGAGCAAAUCCUUUGCUUUGAAUGUUGAGCUUGGCACCAUAUGGCGAAAUAAUCCCUCCCUCCUCCACAACAUUUCUCCAGAUGAUAACUUCUCUUUGCGCAUCAUCCUCCCUAUGGAUGCGUUCACGACUUUUAUUAGUGGCUCGUAUGAUUCUAGCAUUCCUUCAUUUGCCUGCGGCUUCUUCUGUGCAGGCGCUGUGGCUACCUGUGAUGACUACAUCUUUUCCAUCUUCUUUGUCAGUGUUUACAGCUUCAAAGAUGUAGUUUAUUUAAAUUCGCCUGAGGUGGUCUGGUCUGCCAACCGUGAUCGCCCGGUCAAAGAGAAUGCUAGUGUUCAACUUACUGAACUUGGGGAUUUGGUGCUCUUUGACGCUGAUGGAACACUGGUUUGGUCUACCAAUACUACGGAGAAGUCUGUUGCUGGCAUGAAUCUUACCAGCACAGGCAACCUGGUGCUGUUAAAUCAUGCGAAUAUGGAGCUCUGGAGGUCUUUUGAUCACCCAACUGACACACUUGUCACCGGGCAGGUUCUACAAGAGGGGCAGAAGCUCAUGGCAAGCACCUCGAUGACAAACUGGGCCAGUGGAAAAUUUUAUCUCACUGCCCUUCCUGAUGGCAUGCAUGCAUUUGCAGGAACUGAUACUCCUCUAUCAUACUAUCAGAGCCCCACCGGUGGAACUGUCAUGACAAACAGGUCAGCAUACGUUGCACUCAAGAAUGGCAGCCUGGAGGUGUUCACUUGUUUCCGGGAUACAGAGGCACCAGAUUACCAGAUCCAGCUGCCCAGGGAUGACUAUGGGCUGGUGUUUGUGAGGCUAGAGUUCGAUGGGCACCUGAGGUUAUAUCAGAUGCCAAACAACAGUUGGUUGACUUCAGAUGUUUUUGAUACAACUGAUCCUUGUGCUUAUCCUCUAGCUUGUGGCGAAUAUGGUAUUUGUUCGAAUGGACAGUGCAGCUGUCCUGAUGCUGCCAUUGGCCAAUCCGGAUUGUUUGAACUAAUUGAUCCAAGGGAGCCUAAUCGUGGCUGCUCGCCAAUAGAUUCAGUAUCCUGUGAUUCGUCACAGAAGCCUAGGCUUCUUCCCUUCCCAACAUCACUCGCUUCAACGGUGUCUACAAUUGGACAACAAGUGAAGAGCGAUGCAAAUUGUCAUGCUUGA